AGAGGUGGUGGUUGUGUAGAGAAGGCCUCUCCAAGCCGACUGAUACCAUGCUGCGUACUCCCAAGUGCUCCAGAUGUCGGAACCACGGCUUCCUGGUACCAGUCAAGGGCCACGCAGGCAAGUGUCGCUGGAAGCAGUGCCUGUGCGAGAAGUGUUACCUGAUCACCGAGCGCCAGAAAAUCAUGGCGGCGCAGAAGAUGCUCAGGAAGCAGACCACCGAGGAGGAGGAGGAGGUGGCCCUGGGCGCGCAGGCGCCCCUGCCAGCCGCCAGCAAGGGCCCUGCUCUGUGCCCGCCACCUGUGCUGGUCGGGCCGGGCCCGCAGGCCCCCUGCUUCCCGAUGCGGGACCCACGAGGCCCGAACCCCGGGCCCAGCGCCUUCCGGCCGGCCCUAAACAACCACGGGCACGGCCACGUGGGGCUGCCGGGCCGCUCGGCGCCCCAGCUCGGGCCUGAGGCCGCAAGCAGGCCAGGCCCUGGCCGCCCGGAGCCGCUGAAGCCGAUGCCCAGCCCGCCGUUCGCCGACUUCGGGCACCCUCUGAGCGUUAAAUCAGACCCUGUGGUGGGAGCCGAGUACCUGGAGAGAGAACCUUCCAAGCUAUACCUUGGCUACUACUCCUACUGCCAGUUUCCACUGGGCUACCAGGAUGCACCCGUCACCAUGCAGAAGGGCUUCCAGCAUGCCCCCUGCACCAGCUACCAAGGAGGCUUGGUGUCAGAACCAACAGGAGACUUCUGCCCAAACUACUACGUGCCGCCACCGCCGCCACCACCGCCAUUGCCCCCGCAGCAGCCACAGCCCAGGGUCCUCCCUCCAGGCUUUCUCUCUGGGCUGCACCUUCUCCCACCACCUCCACCACCACCCGCUCCUUUCUCGCUGAAUGUCCUGCCUGCAGGCCCUGGUGACCAGGAUGCAGAGGCACCCGGUGAGCCCUGCCUGCCCUCCUCUCAGGAGCAGUCCAACUAAGCACAGCUGCCCGCCUGCUGGCCUUGGGUGUCAGGGGUGGCGGCAGUGAUUGUCUUGUCUGUGUUCAGUGUUGUUGUACGGGUAGGAAGGAUGUGGAGAGGCAUAAGUUGGGAGCUCAUUCCCGUUUUGAGAUUGAAGGAAGGGGAGGGGUUGAAGGGGCUGUUGGGGCGGACGGGGCGGGAGGAGGCCAGGGCUCUGAGGAGUGGGCUGGCAAAGUGCACAUUUGGGAAUGAAUUUAACCAUCCUCAGUGCUGAUCAACAGAGUCACUCCAGGAGCAGUGUUUGGCUUGUUUAGGCACCACUCAGGACAGAAGGUACCAUUUAUUUGAGCCUUCUGCGACCUUUGCGUGUUCCCGGUGCUGAGGUGCUACUGCUAUCAGGUGCAGCAGCCAAACCUGGGACACUGACAGGAGGUUCUGCAGCAUCCCUGCCUUUGCCUGGCCAGGCCCUUCAGCUCUUUGCUGGAUGGUGUCCUGACCACUGGAGCCGCUUCACUUACCUCCACCAAGUUUAAGCUCUGAUAGGCCCCAUUAUUGGUUUAAAAAUCUGUUCAGGUGUUAUUAUUUGAUGUUUUUAUAGUUGGAGCCCUGAUGCAGUUUUCUGAGAAUAGAAUGGUGCAGCUGAAUGGGCCGUGACAUCAGGGCUUUCUUCUCUGGUAACAGUUGACUGUUGAAAUAAAAUGA